AUGAAGAAGACCAUGAACAAGUUAUGGCCGGCGCUCGCGGAGAGCAAACUCGCCAUCGCGCUGUUCGCCGGCCUCUUCGUCGCGGCGGUGACCUUUCUCUCCGUGCGGACGCAGUUCGCAGUCCGGGGCACAAACGCUCUCUUGCGGGGCUCGUCGGGAGACGGCGGCGCAGGUUUGCCGGCGCCGGGGGAGGAGACGAGUGAUCAUGCACGGCCACCGCUAGGUGAAGAAAUUGCACCGGCGACGGCGACGGCCACCUCUGUUGCGCAAGUGCAUCCUCCACUGGAGCCGAUCUGCGACCUCUCCGACCGGCGCUACGAUGGGUGCGAGAUGUGGGGCGACGCGCGCACGGCGAGUGGCGUCAACAAGUCGGUGGUCUACUUCAUCCCGCCGCCGCAGCAGCUGGCCACCGCCGCAGCGGCAACCUGGAGCAUCCGGUCGCAGUCCCGCAAGAUCGUCGGCGUCCGCGAGGUGAUCGUACGUUCCCUGGACGUGUCCAGCCUCCACGAGGCGCCCCACUGCACGGUCCGCCGGGCCGUGCCGGCCGUGGUGUUCGCGCUCGGCGGACUCACGUCCAACUACUGGCACGCCUUCAGCGACGUUCUGGUGCCGCUCUUCACGACGGCGCGGGCCUUCGGAGGCGACGUCGAGCUCCUCGCCACCGGCGCCGGUGGCCAAGCAUGGUUCAUCGGCAAGUACGACCGCGUCCUCCGCGCGCUCUCGCGGUACGACGUGGUCGACCUCGACGCGGACGGCGACGUCGUGCGGUGCUACCGUCACCUCGUGGUCGGCCUCCGCGGCCACCGCGACUUCGACAUCGACCCGGCGCGCGCCCCGAACGGCUACGACAUGCUCGCGUUCCGCGAGUUCGUCCGGGCCGGCUACUCCCUGCCGCCACCGCCGCCGCCACCCGCCGCCGCGCUACCGUGCAAGUCUGGAACGAAGCCGCGGCUCAUGCUCAUCCUCCGGGGACGCACGCGGCGGUUCGUGAACGAGGGCGCGAUCAUGGACGCGAUCGAGCGCGCCGGCUUCGAGGUGGCGCGCAUGAAUGAGGCGGCGUCCUGGGCGGACGUGGGUGCGGUGGCGCGCGAGGUGGACGCGUGCGACGUGCUCGUUGGCGCACACGGCGCCGGGCUGACCAACAUGGUGUUCCUGCGCGCGGGCGCCGUGGUGGUGCAGGUGAUCCCGUGGGGGAAGAUGGAGCCCUACGGGGAAGGGUUCUUCGGCGCCCCGGCGGCGCACAUGGGGCUCCGCCACGUCGCCUACAUCAUCGCCGCCGAGGAGAGCACGUUGUACGACAAGUACGGCAAGGACCACCCGGUGAUCGCCGACCCCGACGUGUUCUACCGGAACGGCAGCAACGCGAAGUUCUACUGGCGGGAGCAGAACAUCCGGCUCAACACCACCAGGUUCGCGCCAACGCUGCAAAUGGUGAAGCGGAUGCUGCGAGAGUGA